AUGGAACAAAGAGGAUGCGUAACAUGGUGGCUACAGCUUGUAAUCUUGACAGUAAUGCUGUUAUUUUAUAGAGAAGUCACUGGACAGAUCCGUUAUUCUGUUUCCGAGGAGCAGGAAGCUGGAGCCGUUGUGGGAAAUAUCGCAAAGGAUUUGGGCAUUGAUCUCAGAACCUUAAAGGAGAGGAGAUUCCGCAUUGUGUCAACAUCAAACGAAUCUCUGUUUAAGGUAAAUCAGAAUGACGGCGUCAUGUACACAAAUGAAAAACUAGACAGAGAGGAGGUGUGCGAGGGAAGCAGGCUGUGUUUGAUCAAUCUGAAAAUCGCACUAGAAACGCCAUUAGAGAUACACUAUGUCGAAGUGGAGAUAGUUGACAUAAAUGAUCACGUCCCUAGAUUUCCAGAGAAAGAGAAACGAUUAGAGAUAUCUGAAUCUGCCUUGCCAGGAGCGCGAUAUCAGCUACAGGCAGCUCAAGACCCAGACAGCGGACUUAAUACAGUACAACUAUACAAAAUUAGUCAAAACGACAAUUUUCGUCUUGAAGUUAAAGACCAUGGAGAGGAUGGCAAAAUACCCGUCUUAGUAUUACAGAAACCGUUAGAUAGAGAAUUAACGCGAAGUAUGAGGCUCUUGCUCACUGCUGUUGAUGGUGGAAGGCCUCCUAAAUCUGGAACCAUGCAGAUAAUUGUAGAUGUGUUGGAUAUAAAUGAUAACAUGCCUGUUUUUACCAAAGAUGUUUACUCCGUCACGCUGAAUGAAAAUGAACCCGUGGGAACAAUAGUUAUACAAGUAAACGCCACUGAUUUGGACGAGGGCACAAACGGUGAAGUUACUUAUUCGUUUGGUAAUCAUGUCAACAACAAAUUGCGUAAACUUUUUGAAAUUAACUCGAUCACGGGUGAGGUUUCUGUAAAAGGACUCCUAGAUUAUGAAAUUAAGGAUAGCUAUGAAAUUGAUAUCCAAGCAUCUGAUAAAGGCAACGCUCCACUCACAUCGGACAAGAGCAUUAUUUUAAAGAUAGUUGAUCUAAAUGACAAUACGCCUGAAAUAGAAGUAACAUCAUUUUCAAAAGAAAUCCCCGAGAAUUCCAGGCCUGGAACAACAGUGGCUCUGAUCAGUGUCAACGAUUUGGACUCUGGUCUAAAUGGAAAAGUUUCAUGCUCCUUACCAGAAGACGUGCCAUUCAGAUUAACGCCAUCGACACAAAAUAAUAUUUACUCUUUGGUUACAGAUGCAGAGCUGGACAGGGAAAAGACUUAUCAAUAUGACAUUACAUUAACCGCCACAGACGCAGGAAAACCACCUUUAACCUCUUUUAAAACAAUAACUGUCGUAGUGUCUGACGUAAAUGAUAAUAGUCCACAGUUUUCUCUGUCCCCAUACAUGUUUUAUGUCGCUGAAAACAACGCUCCAGGCGCAUCUUUGUUUUCUGUCUCAGCUUCUGACUGUGACUUAAAUGAAAACGCACGUGUCAGCUAUCAAAUUUGGAGAGACGGCGGUGAAGACAAAUAUUCAUCAUUCCUGAACAUUAACUUUGAAAAUGGAGAAAUAUACGCUCUGCAAAGCUUUGACUAUGAAACAAUUAAAACAUUUCAAUUCCUGGUAACAGCUUCAGACUCUGGUACUCCAUCGCGUAGCAGUAAUGUAACCGUAAAAGUGUUUAUUUUGGAUGAGAACGACAAUGCUCCAGUGAUCUUAUCGCCUGUCAGCACUAACGGCUCUGAAGGCGUGGAAGAGAUUCCCCGAAAUGUGAACGCAGGCCAUUUGGUGACCAAAGUCAGAGCCUAUGAUGCUGAUAUAGGAUACAAUGGCUGGUUAUUAUUUUCUCUGCAAGAAAUUACCGACCACAGUCUCUUUGGUCUGGACCGCUAUACCGGACAGAUAAGAACUCUUCGGUCAUUCACAGAAACAGACGAGGCUGAGCAUAAACUGGUCAUAGUGGUCAAAGACAACGGGAACGUUUCACUUUCAGCAACGGCGACUGUGAUUAUCAAGGCCGUGGAGCCCAAAGAAGCGUUUGCAGCAUCUGAUGUUAUAAGUACGGUAAAAGACGACCAGGACAACCAUGUGACAUUUUAUUUGAUCAUUACUUUGGGCUCUGUUUCUGUGCUUUUUGUGAUCAGUAUCAUUGUGCUAAUUGUAAUGCAGUGCUCCAAAACCACAGACUAUUCCUCCAAGUAUUUACAAGAUACAAAUUACGACGGGACACUGUGUCACAGCAUCCAGUACAGAUCUGGAGACAAACGGUACAUGUUAGUUGGACCCAGAACGAGUAUCGGUUCUACUAUAGUCCCGGGCAGCAAUGGGAGCACUCUUGUAGUUCCAGGUUACAGGAGACGAGGAUCUGAAGAGGUAAGAACGGACUCGUAA